GAUCGCCUGGACGAGACGAAGACAAUCCAUGUUCCUCCAUCCGAGGUCGUCUUGGAGGUAUAAUUGGCCGAACAAUGAUUUGAACAUAAAUAUUACAACUUUGAACACAAUUUUGGCCAUUAAGAUGAGGUCGGGUGGCGAUGACACAAACAUCAAAGUUGUUCCAUUCGACGAUGCAAAACUUUUCUGUGUUGAAAACCUUUUCAUUUGAGGCCAUCUUAAUUGUGUUUUGUAUCGUGCCAAAAUCGGGUGUCAACAGAAGGACGUUAAACUGCCGACGAAUGUGCUUGAAGAUAACAGAGUUGAAGUUGACAGCACCAUACUUGAUGUCCUUUUGAUAACUUGCACCUUCACCAUGCACACAAAUGGUUCAGACAUUCUAAACAUAGGUGGCUUUGGUCCGCAAGAAGAUGCACCUCCGACGAUGAUGGCGAGCGGCGUAUGCAUGCACGGACAAGCUCUCCCCGCGCUCACGGCCAGCCCACCGACAUGGCCGGAGCGACGUCCCGGUUUGCUCGCUCCCUGUUGAUCGGGCUUUCUCCUAUAAAAAACCACCCAUCGAUAGCACAUACACAGCAGCGACAGAAAAACCAAGACCUACCAAAUUAACUCAAGAUGGCUUCCUCGUCGGUGCUGCUGGUUGCGGCGGUGUUGGCCGCGGUCGUGUGGGGCGCGCACGGCAUCGCCAAGGUUCCCCCGGGCCCCAACAUCACGGCGUCGCCUGCGAGCUACGGCAACAAGUGGCUGGACGCCAAGACCACGUGGUACGGCAAGCCGACGGGCGCCGGGCCCAAGGACAACGGCGGCGCCUGCGGGUACAAGGAGGUGGACAAGGCCCCCUUCCACGGCAUGACCUCCUGCGGCAACAUCCCCAUCUUCAAGGACGGCCGCGGCUGCGGCUCCUGCUUCGAGCUCAAGUGCACCAAGCCCGAGGCCUGCUCCGGCAAGCCCACCAUCGUCACCAUCACCGACAAGAACGAGGAGCCCAUCGCCCCCUACCACUUCGACCUCUCCGGCCACGCCUUCGGCUCCAUGGCCAAGAAGGGCGAGGAGCAGAAGCUGCGCGACGCCGGCGAGGUGGAGAUCAAGUUCCGGCGCGUCAAGUGCAAGUACCCGCCGGGCACCAAGGUGAACUUCCACGUGGAGAAGUCCUCCAACGAAAACUACCUGGCGCUGGUGAUCAAGUUCCUCCAAGGCGACGGCGACGUGGUGGGCGUGGACAUCAAGCAGAAGGGCGAGGACAAGUGGACCGAGCUCAACGAGUCGUGGGGAGCCGUGUGGAGGAUCGACACCCCCCACAAGCUCAUCGGCCCCUUCUCCGUCCGCUACACCACCGAGGGCGGCACCAAGACGACCGUCGAGGACGUCAUCCCCAAGGGCUGGAAGCCCGACACCUCCUACGAGGCCAAGGGCGGCUACUGAAGCUGAUGAUGAUGAUGAUGCCAAACCUUCCCGCGGCCAGCUUAAUUAAUUAACUCCUUCUGGCUCGUAAAGAAGAAUAAACCAGCCGGACAUAUAUCAUACCUACGAUAUGAUGAGAGCGUGAGUAUACUUAUUCAUUCAUUUACUCUAGGGAAAGAGCGUGGACAACUCCUAAUUUGAGGUCCAGAACAUGUGUGGUGCAACAAGUUCUGGGUGUAACCUUACAACCAACCAAUAAUCCAUACUCCCUCCAUUCCACAA